AUGUCUUCCACAGCGCAGCCCAUAAGCAACAUCAAAAUCCGCAGAUCGCGUCUGCACAACAUUGCCGAAGCCCUCAUCAAGCGACACCGAGUUGGCUGCCCUCAUGUUUUGCAAUCGCUGGAAGAUUCCCCAAUACGAAUCGUCUGCAUUUCAGAUACACACAACAGGCAGCCAACAAUACCCCCCGGGGAUGUUUUGAUUCACGCCGGUGAUCUGACAGAAAAUGGGUCUUUUGACGAGGUGCAAGCUGGUGUGACUUGGCUAUCAUCGCAACCUCACAAAUACAAAGUUUUUGUUGCCGGCAAUCACGAUGUCUUACUCGACGAUGCAUUCCUUGCUACCCACCCUGAACGACGUUAUGGGCAGACAAAAACUAGGCAAGACCUUGAUUGGGGAGAUGUCAUCUAUCUGCAGGACUCAGUUCUGACCCUGGAAUUUCCCGUAGAAAGGCAGAGGGAAGAUGCGCCAAAUGGUUCAACAGCAGAUGACCCGAAAAGCACGAGGAAGAGAAGCAUCACGAUUUUCGGUAGUCCAUGGACACCACAGUAUGGGACCUCUGCCUUUCAGUACCACCCCAACAAUUCCCAGCAUUGGGAACAUGUAUUCGCGACACUGAAGGGAAAUAUGGACAUUCUCAUCACACAUGGACCACCGAAACUUCACCUCGAUAGACGAGAUUUCCACCGUGCUGGAUGCCCGUAUCUAGCGGAAGAAAUAUCUCGCCUGCGACCUCGUAUCAGCGUAUUUGGCCACAUUCAUGCAUCUUAUGGGCAAGAAAAUGUUGUCCUGGACAGCGCGCAGAGAAUCUAUGAAGAGGCGAUGAUAGGAUGGGCGGGCUGGAGUAGUAUUGUUUGGAUGACCGUUCUUGUUGCUUGGACCCGAAUCAAGGCUCUUUUCAGUAGGCGGGGCGACAACAGGCUGACAACGUUUAUCAACGCAGCAGUCGUCGCUGGUCCUCGAAAUGAACUGCAAAAUGAACCGAUUGUCGUCGACAUCUAA